AUGAGUUUUACUUCCAGCACGGUAACCACAGCGAAGGGCUACACUGAAAUGAAUCAGCUGGAAGAAGAAGUUUUCAUGCCGCACAACUUUCGACUCGUUGGAGAAGCGAAUCCCAUUCCUAUGCUGGAUUUUAUUCAAAAACCCACAUGCAAAGAGGUGUUUGCUGAAUGGCUGAAGAUUGCGCUUUCCAACGAUCAGUAUCGAGUACCACCCAAAUCUAUUCCUCGAGACCUCAAAAGAAAGUACCUAAUGAAUGGUCACGCUGAUCUAAUAGAGACUUAUCGUAAUGAUCGACCAGAGGCGCAGGAAAAGGUUUGGUCGCAAAUUCCUGAAUGGUUAAAGAUGCCAGAAGAGCAAUUACACAAAAUAUCUAUCUAUGGAAUUCCAGGCAGUGAGUUGAUUAUUCAGCUAACGACUAAAUUAGUAAUAAGAUAA